AUGGACCCCAGGAGAAUGAUUGGUGUAGGGUGUACUGGAUUACUUGCACCGAGUCCGAACAGGAUGUUCAAGUUGCCCAUAUGUAGACAUCGUGAACAUUCUCACGGCAAUUUACUGGACGUUUAUGGGUGCUUAUGGGCGCUUAUCAUUGCCAGCGCCAUUGAAGACGGUCAGACCCUCUGGAACUUGAAACACCCUCAGCCCUUACAGCCCUCACCAGCUACAGAUUAA